AUGUCUACUGCAGCGAGCCCCGCGGAGGUUACGCUGCCUCAGCGGUCUGGGACCGUGAGCAGCGGAUUCACUCGUCGUACUUCUAUGAGUGACGAUGAGGCUAUCCCUCAAACUGAUAGCAGUGAGACCACCACUCUCCUGCUUGAGCGUCUCCAGGCCUGGAAGCACAUGAUCGGAUACUUGGAGGAGUAUUUCUCUGCUACCGCCAAGGUGCAGAAGUCCCAAUCCAAGGAUUAUGAGAAGAUCUUGAAGUCCGUGAACGAGCCUCUCAGGGAGGGCCACCACUUCAGCGCCAGCGAGGGCGGCGUGGCUGGUCUCUUCGAGAACAUCCGUAACAACACCCAGGGCAUGGUGAACAUGUACCUGGAAGGCGAAAAGAACCUGAAGGUCGCCGUGCUCCCCACCCUCGAACGCCUGCACAAAGAGGUCAAGAACAAGUCCAAGGAGCUCAACACUGGCGCAUCCAAGGGCGCCAAAGCCGUCGAAAAAGCCCGCGGCCUGACCCAGAAGCACAUCGAGCUCCUGGGCCAGAACUCCGCUGCCUUCGACGCAGCCGCCUCCAACAAGAUCGAGCAGCACCACGAUCCCUACCUCCUCAAGCGCGGCAUCAACCACCGCCUCAACAACCAAGUCAACGAGGAGAACAACCACCGCCAGGACAUCCUCGCCGUGCAGAACUCCUUCCAGCAAUUCGAAGCCCACGUCCUGCAAACCGUCCAAGGCUCCCUGGACCAAUUCCACCAGCACAUGGGCGGCCAGCUGGAGCGCCAACGCGCCAUGUACGCCGACAUCCUCGGCACCGCGCAGCGCAUCCCACCGGACUUCGAAUGGGUCAACUUCUGCGUCCGCAACGACGCAACCCUCCCCCUCAUCGAGGGCUCCCUCGAGCGUCGCUCCCGCGCCGUCAUCAAGGGCUACAACUCCGGCUACUACGUCGUCACCCCGGCGCGCUACCUGCACGAGUUCAAGGACAACGACGACUUCCGUCGCGAUCCCACCCCAGAACUCUCGCUGUACCUGCCCGACUGCAUCGUCGGCGCCAUCGACGGUGUCAAGUUCAACGUCAAGGGCAAGGACAUCUCCAGUGGAAAGAUCGGUAACGCCUUCCACACAAACACCGAGCUCUACUUCAAGGCUCACUCCGCCAAGGACGCGGAGCAGUGGUGGUCCGUUAUCAAGGAUGCUACCCGCGCCCCCGCUCAUGUCCCCUCGGCGGCUGCCACGCCCACCGCCACCUCCCCGGCUGUUGCCUCUCCUGUCGCCGCCGAUGCCGCCGGCUACCCGCCCAACUACGCCGAGAAGGAGAUGGCGAACAGCCAGGCUGCUGCUUCUGCCGAUGCGAAGGACGCCGCGGCUGCCAGCCCGACUGUCGGCGUUAGCCGUACUGCCAGCACGACCAGCCACUUCCACACCGCUCCUGGUGGCUCUGCUGUUGAGAAGUCCUAA